AAUUCGUUUACUCAGUCUUAAUUUUAGUUUCUUAGUUUCCUCUAUCUCCGUGGGUGGCUCAGUAGGUGGGUGCAGAUACAAUGUUGAAGCAAGUGGUUGCCAAGUAUUCCAUAGGUAAAGCGGCGAUUUAUGGUAGUACCAGAGAAAAGCUUAGACCUUUCCUGUGCCAAACCAUUUGUCGGUUCCACAAUGCACGGACUGUUUUUGCACCAAGAAGCUUCUUUGGUGUAGAAGACUACGUGGAUGAUGACACAAGCCGGCCUUACACAUACCAAAAAGAGAAAAAGUCGAAGAAUCCAGACAAACAUGUGUCGUUCAAGCAACGAACAGUCGCAUACAUGGAGCCAUUCACUCUAGAUGUCUUCAUCUCAAAGCGCUUUGUUUCGGCAUCUCUCACUCACCGUGUCACAUGUAGGCAAGUUGCUGUUGCGGGAACAAACUCUAAAGACGUAAAAGCUGUUCUGAGGUCAAGAUGUGAUAUCCCGGCAUGUAUGUCCAUAGGGAGGAUCUUGUCCGAGCGUGCAAAAGAAGCUGAUGUUUACACGGCUUCUUAUACGCCAAGGGACCAAGACAAGUUUGAAGGGAAGAUCAGAGCUGUUGUCCAGUCCCUUAUUGAUAACGGAAUUGAUGUUAAAAUUUAUCUCGAUUAGAAACCAAAUGUUUGUUGUGUCUGUGCUGAAAUUAGGGUUUGAUUUCCAUUUUCCUAGCAAACCUUAUUGAUUCAACCAGAAACAAACUAAACCCCAACAAUUCAUGGAAAAAACGAAACAUAUGACAAAGUCUAUUUUGAAACUGGAAUCCCAAGCGAGUCAAUUACUUUUCAAAUCUCUUUUUGGUUCUAAUACAUUAGACUUCCUUUG